AGAAGAAGAAGAAGAAGAAGAAGUGCUUCCGGUAAAGCAGUCAGCGUCUCAGUAAAACAAGCUGCGUUUUCUGUAACUAUGCUGGUCAGGUUGGUUCAGUGUGCUUACCGGUCUGUGUCCCGUCCUUCAAUGCAGUUUUCCUUUUCUUGUUUUACUGCACCGAGGCAUAACGUGACGCUUCUGACAUUUCGCAGGUCUGCUCCCAUCCUCAGCAAGUCCAACUGUAAGAGCAGCCAAUGUCUCUCUACGACCAGCCGCACUGAGGAUGGGAUACUGGUUUACACGGGGAGCCUGGCAACUGCUGUUAGGGGGGUGAAGAUGUUUUCCUACAGUACCAGCGGCGCAAGCCUCAUUCUCAUGCCUCAAAUCCUCCUUAAGACUGGGCUUGGAGUCAGUAGCAUCGCCGUGCAGAUUGCUUUCACUGGCAUUGUGGGCUUCUUCACCUUCCUCACUCCGAUCCUCCUCCAUCUCAUAACAAAAGGCUAUGUGAUCCGUCUGUACCACAAUCCAGACAGAGACACAUACACUGCCAUCACCUACAGUGUCUUCUUGACUGAAAAACGGUACGCGUUUCAUCAGAGCCAGGUCAAGAUCCCAGCUGUCACCAAAAUGUUCACCACCUUCUAUGCUGGCCACGAAGGGCUCCUGGUGAAUCCAGAUCUCUUCUUGAUUCCACAUGACUACAACCAUCUAAUGGGCUAUGAUAAGCCCUUUACCUUUAAAAAAGAGAAUAUGGAUCAAGGCUGAAUGUUAGAUUUAGUCAAGUCACUAAGUACAUACAGUCAUAAUCAGCUUACCUUUUCGUCCCUAGGAGUUUGACUCCAUCCUAGAUAUAUUUAACAAAUAAUUUCUUCUUGUAAUCUGGAGAGAUAUGUCACACAUAUUCUUUUUCAUAACAAUGUUAACGUGUCAGUGAUCUGUGUGUGCUUGAUGGUUUCAUAUGUUGAUUAAUAAAAACACCAUGUCAUUACAGCCUUA